UCUGACUCAGAGUUCAAUAACAAACGUUUCCAUGGCAAACUCCAUGGAUGUCACAGGUUUCAUGUUUUGCACACACAGGAGCUGAAGGACCCUCACUGUUGGAAUGAGAUGGCAGCCGCCCGAGGGGCUCUAAAGAAGAAUGCCACAAUGCUGUACACAGCCUCCCAAGCGCUUCUCCGCCACCCAGAUGUUGCUGCCACCAGAGCCAACCGGGAUUAUGUGUUUAAACAAGUCCAGGAAGCCAUUGCUGGCAUCUCCAAUGCUGCUCAAGCUACCUCGCCCACCGAUGAAGCCAAAGGCCACACAGGCAUCGGUGAGCUGGCUGCAGUCCUGAAUGAGUUUGAUAUUUCUGACAGAUGUGAAGAAAGAUGUCAUUUGUGGAUAGCUGACGUAGAUCUCCUAGGGUGAAAAAGGUAAUGUGCUUGAUCUGUUACUAGCCUCCUAAAUGUGGCAGCCCUUUGGUCUGUGGAUACAGGCUGGUUUUAUUUUCACACUCUCUCAAGCCUCACAAACCAGAAUCACUUUUAAAAUCUGGAGCAGCGAAAUAAGCCGAAAGUGACACAAGGAAGAUGCAGAAUUAAUACUAACAUUCUAGGGGCGCCUGGGUGGCUCAGUCAGUUAAGUGUUCAACUUCAGCUCAGGUCAUGACCUCACAUUUUGCGAGUUUGAGUCCCACGUGGGGCUCUGUGCUGACAGCUCAGAGCCUGGAGCCUGCCUUGGGUUCUGUGUCUCCCUCUCUCUCUACCCUUCCCCUGUUCGUGCUUUGUCUCUGUCUCUCAAAGUAAAUGAGCGUUAAGGAAAAAUUUAAUACUAACACUCUAGCACCUAAGAAAUCACUUCCCUGCAGCAGGUAAAUUUGAAAAAAAAAUUGCAGUGAAAAUACCCAAUAAACCUGAAUGUAUGUUUUAUGUGAAUAUAUAUGAGUAUGAAUUAUAACAUAUAUAAACUCACACCAGAUGUUUAUGGUUUUUCUUUGGCUUGUGAUGACUGUUAAGAGUUUUUUCACCUAUAUUUCUUCCCAAACUUUGACAAGUGAUUCCUUAAUUAAAAAAUAUAUUUUACGAGGGGGUUCCGGAAGAUGGC